AUGGAUCCUUACUCGGCAGAAGGCGAGCUGAUAAAUAUUCACAAUCAUUUCCACCAGGGCCAAUACCAAGAGGUUAUCGACUUUGACACGUCUGCUCUCUCCUCCGAAAAUGCCCUACCCGCCCGAGUACUCGCCCUCCGAGCUCGCAUUGCUUUAGGACAAGCAGAAGAAGCAAUCGCCGACGUUCAAGGAGAAUCGGAACCUGAGUUAGUAGCAGUGCGCGCCUUAGCCGAGUACAGCUUAGGGAAGAAAGAUGCGGCCGUUCAAACUAUCGAAGAGCUUGCCUCGUCAGCCAGCGAUAACCAGACAGUCCAAGUUCUUGGAGGAACAGUCCUGCAAGCUGCUGGCAAAUCAGAGGAAGCUCUUGCGCUCUUGUCACAACACUCUGGUAGCCUUGAUGCUGUCGCUUUGAUUACGCAAAUCCAUCUUCAGCAAAACAGGACCGAUUUAGCCCUUAAAGAAGUAGCCGCGGCUAGGCGGUGGGCGCAAGAUAGUCUACUUGUCAACUUAGCAGAGUCGUGGGUUGGCUUACGACUGGGAGGAGAUAAGUACCAGCAGGCAUUUUACGUAUUCGAAGAGCUCGCACAAGCACCCUCUACAUCUUCGAUCGUCUCCCUCGUCUCCCAGGCAGUAUGCGAGUUACAUCUAGGUCGGGUCGAAGAAGCACAGAGUGCUCUCGAGCAAGCCGUGCAGAAACAACCCGAAUACGCGGGAGCUAUUGCCAAUUUAUUGGUUUUGUCAAUCAUCACCGGCAAGGAUGCUGCCGCUGUUUCUGAGCUUACAAGUUCCUUAAAGAAAGCCGCCCCUGAACACACAUUCCUAGUCGACCUCGAAGAAAAGAGCGAAUCAUUUGACAAGGCGGCCGCUAAGUUUAGUGCAAAGGUGUCGGCUUAA